AUGAGUGAGGAAUCCGAGUCUCUUAACGAGGAGGAACGAAGUUCAUUUCGUCCGUUUACCCGAGACAGUCUAGCUGCCAUCGAAGCGCGGGUAGCGGAGGAAAAUGCAAAGAAGAAUGAACUACAAAAGAAGAAGGAGGAGGGAGAGGCUGUCUAUAAUGACGAUGACGACGACGAAGGACCACAGGCAGAUCCUAACCUGGAACAGGGGAUGCCCGUCCCGAACCGCCUCAUUCAGCAGUUCCCCGAGGACUUGGUGGGCACGCCUCUCGAGGACAUCGACCCGUUCUACCACAACCAGAAGACGAUGGUGGUCAUAAGCAAAGGGAAGGACAUUUUUCGAUUCAGUGCCACCGACGCCAUGUGGAUCCUGAGUCCCUUCAACCCUGUUCGGCGGACAGCCAUUUUCAUUCUCAUUCAUCCUCUCUUCAACCUGUUCAUUAUCUGCACCAUCUUAGCCAACUGCGUCCUCAUGAUAGUGCCGGCCACGGAAAAAGUAGAGGCAUCAGAAGUUCUCUUCACAGCGAUUUACACCUUCGAGUCCGGCGUGAAGGUAAUGGCCAGAGGGUUCAUUCUUGAAGGAUUCACAUAUCUACGCGACGCCUGGAAUUGGCUGGACUUCAUAGUUAUAGCCUUAGCAUAUGUGACAAUGGGCAUUGACCUGGGUAACUUGGCAGCCUUGAGAACCUUCAGAGUACUGAGAGCACUGAAGACUGUCGCUAUUGUCCCAGGACUGAAGACUAUCGUGGGUGCUGUGAUAGAGUCCGUGAAAAAUCUACGUGACGUCAUCAUCCUUACUGUGUUCUCUCUCUCAGUGUUUGCCUUACUUGGACUACAGAUUUACAUGGGGGUAUUGACGCAAAAGUGUAUCAGAAAGUUUAAUUUUAGUAAAGAACAUUGGACACACGAAGAAUGGUACAACUUUACUUGUAACGAAACAAAUUGGUACGUGGAUGAGGAUCUAGGCGAAAAGCCAUUGUGCGGCAACAGUAGUGGUGCAGGGAAGUGUCCGAAAGACUACAUAUGUUUACAAGGCUUUGGCCCCAAUCCCAACUAUGGGUACACAAGUUUUGACACCUUCGGCUGGGCCUUCUUAUCAGCUUUCCGACUGAUGACCCAAGAUUUCUGGGAGAGUUUAUAUCAAUUGGUGCUACGUGCGGCCGGACCUUGGCACAUCCUGUUCUUCGUCUUAAUCAUCUUCAUGGGUUCAUAUUACCUGGUGAACCUCAUUCUGGCCAUCGUCGCCAUGUCCUACGAUCAGCUGCAGAAGAAGGCCGAAGAAGAGGAGGAAGCUGCUCUUGCAGAGGAAGAGGCCAUUCGCAAACAACACGAGGAGGCGCAGAAGAUGCACGACAUGGCGAUCAUGAUGGCCCAAGGCGAGAUCGAGGGGUCUGUAGGCAAGUCCCCCUCCAUGUUCUCCAGCAGGUCCUACGGUCUGUACGUGGAUCCCGGAGAUGGCAUCGACGACAACCAGAGGGAGAGCCUGUCCGUGAAGAGCGAAGGGGGAGAGUCCAUCACGGAAUCAAAGCCUUCACGACCCAACGGAAAACUCCCAAGGAAGGCGAGUCUUAGCCUCCCUGGCUCACCUUAUAACAUGCGAAAAGGGUCCCGGGAUAGCCACCAAUUCACCUGGCGGAUCGCUAACGGCCGGCGCUUUGGCGACAAGAAGCCUCUGGUGCUGUCCACGUACCUGGACGCACAGGAGCACCUGCCAUACGCCGACGACUCCGCCGCGGUCACACCCAUGAGCGAGGAAAACGGUGCCAUCAUCGUGCCUGUGUAUACAACCCUGGGCUCCCGCCACAACUCCUACACUUCCCACACGUCCCGUAUAUCCUACACCUCCCACGGGGAUCUAAUCAACGGCAAGCCGCCCACCAAAGAGUCUCAGCUCCUGAACAGGAUGGCCUCCCACGUCCCAGAGGACACGUCAAUGGAACAGGAGGAGGUGCUGCAGUUCAAGUUGAAGAACCCGGACGCCAACCCGUUCAUCGACCCCAUCCAGAAACACGCCGUCCUCGACAUGCGAGAUGUGAUGGUCCUCAAUGAGAUCAUAGAGCAAGCUGAGGCACAGGCGGGAAGACAGAGCCAAGCCAGUGAACAUGCAGACGAGGAGGAAGAGACUCUUAAGGAUAAGAUCAAGCGAAAAGUGUACGAAUACUUGAUGAAAUGCAUCGACCUCUUCUGUGUCUGGGACUGUUGUAGGGUUUGGGUCAGAUUUGCAGAAUUUGUUGAGACCAUUAUCUUUGAUCCAUUUGUGGAAUUGUUCAUCACUCUCUGUAUCGCCGUCAACACACUCUUCAUGGCCAUGGACCACUACGGCAUGAACAAGGAAUUUGAAAACUUCUUGAAGACUGGAAACUACUUUUUUACGGCCACCUUCAGUAUCGAGUGCUUCGCCAAGAUCAUCGCCAUGAGCCCCAAGUAUUACCUCCAAGAAGGGUGGAAUAUCUUCGACUUCAUCAUCGUGGCGCUGUCGUUGCUCGAGCUGGGUCUCGCCAACGUGUCUGGCCUGUCGGUGUUGAGGUCGUUUCGAUUGCUUCGUGUCUUCAAACUGGCGAAGUCUUGGCCGACACUCAAUCUCCUCAUUUCCAUCAUGGGUAAGACCGUUGGCGCCUUGGGUAACCUGACCUUCGUCUUGUGUAUUAUCAUCUUCAUUUUCGCCGUGAUGGGCAUGCAGCUCUUCGGCAAGAAUUACACAGACAACGUGAGUCGCUUCAAGCCGAGCUCCGACGGCCAACUGCCGCGCUGGAACUUCAUAGAUUUCAUGCACUCGUUCAUGAUCGUGUUCCGGGUGCUGUGCGGAGAGUGGAUCGAGAGUAUGUGGGACUGCAUGCUGGUCGGCGACUGGUCGUGCAUCCCCUUCUUCUUGGCCACUGUCGUCAUCGGAAACUUGGUCGUACUGAACCUUUUCUUAGCCCUGUUGCUGAGCAGCUUCGGCGCCUCGAACCUGUCGGCGCCCGUGAGCGACGGCGAACCCAACAAGCUCGCUGAAGCCUUUGACCGCAUCGCCCGCUUCAAGCUGUGGGUGAAGCGAACGGCCAUGAACGGACUGAAGCUGGUCCGGUCCAAGCUCACCAACCAGAUAAGCGACCAGACUCCAGACCCUCGAGGCGUGGAGGCCGACGAGAUCCUCGCAGACGGCCAGACGCUGUGCAAGAAGAUGGCCAAGGACCACACGCAGGUCGACAUCCCGAUGGACGGAAUCGACCUCGUAGACGGGAAGAUGAAGAACAACUCCGUCAUCAACAACAGCAAACACAUCGGCAACUCGAUCGGCAAAGACAACCGCGACGUCAUCGAGAACGACUACAGCAACAAGAAGAUCGUCCGCCUGGAGGAGGACGCCGUCAGCAACAACUCCCUGGGCUCGCACAAGAACCGGAAGCUGAAGAGCGACAGCGGGAGCCACAAGGGGUCGACGGAAUCCCUCGAUGACGGAGAGGAGAAGAAAGAUGCCAGUAAGGAGGACCUCGAGGAUGAUUUCCAGGGAUCGAGCGGGGACGAGGAGAUGGGAGACGAGGAGAACGCCAUGCCCAUUAUGGACACCGGAAGUGACGUGGCCCUGGACUACCCUUCGGAGUGUUUCAAGGAGAGCUGUUACAUCAAGUGUCCCUGGUGUAGGGGCGACCCCGAAUCUCCGUUCUGGCAAGGCUGGGGACACCUGCGUCUCAAGACCUAUCAGCUGAUCGAGAACAAGUACUUCGAAACGGCCGUCAUCACCAUGAUUCUGCUGUCCUCCAUGGCCCUGGCGCUGGAGGACGUCGAUCUGAAGGGCCGGCCGGCGCUGCAGGACAUCCUCUACUACAUGGACAGGAUAUUCACGGUCAUCUUCUUCAUUGAGAUGUUGAUCAAGUGGGUCGCGCUUGGCUUCGCUAAGUACUUCACCAACGCUUGGUGUUGGCUCGACUUUCUCAUUGUCAUGGUGUCCUUGAUUAACCUUGUGGCAACCCUGGCCGGCGCAGGCAAAAUUCAGGCGUUCAAAACGAUGCGAACGCUGCGUGCGCUGCGUCCCCUGAGGGCCAUGUCCCGGAUGCAGGGCAUGAGGGUCGUCGUGAACGCUCUUGUGGGUGCCAUUCCUUCGAUCGUCAAUGUGCUCCUCGUGUGCCUCAUCUUCUGGCUCAUCUUUGCAAUCAUGGGCGUGCAACUCUUCAACGGCAGGUACCACAAGUGUCUUAACGGUGAUGGCGAGAGGGUGAGCGCAGAGGACGUCCCCGACAAAAACCACUGCAUCAAGUUGAACCUCACGUGGGAGAACAGCGAGGUGCACUUCGACCACGUGGGCAUGGCGUACCUCGCGCUCUUCCAGGUGGCCACGUGGAAGGGCUGGAUCCAGAUCAUGAACGACGCCAUUGACGCCACACAGCUGGAACAACAACCUCGGCGUGAGAACAACAUCUAUAUGUAUUUGUACUUCGUGUUCUUCAUUAUCUUUGGCUCUUUCUUCACCCUCAACCUCUUCAUCGGUGUCAUCAUCGACAACUUCAAUGAACAGAAGAAAAAGGCAGGAGGCUCUCUCGAAAUGUUUAUGACGGACGACCAGAAGAAAUACUACAACGCCAUGAAGAAAAUGGGUUCCAAAAAGCCCUUAAAAGCUAUUCCAAGACCGCAGUUCCGCCCACAAGCCGUGGUGUUCGAGAUAGUGACCAGCAAGAAGUUUGACAUGAUCAUCAUGAUUUUCAUCGGCCUGAACAUGCUUACGAUGACCUUGGAUCACUACAAUAUGACCGAGGAAUGGAAGAUGGUGCUCGACUACCUGAACCUCGUCUUCAUAUGCAUCUUCACCUCUGAAUGUGUCUUGAAGGUGUUCGCCCUCCGCUGGCACUACUUCAAGGAGCCGUGGAAUCUCUUCGACUUCGUAGUGGUCAUCAUGUCUAUCCUUGGCCUGGUGCUGAAGGACAUUAUCGAGAAGUACUUCGUUUCCCCGACGUUGCUUCGAGUGGUUCGCGUGGCGAAGGUGGGGCGAGUCCUGCGUCUGGUAAAGGGAGCCAAGGGUAUCAGGACGCUCCUCUUCGCCUUAGCCAUGUCCUUGCCCGCGCUCUUCAACAUCUGUCUGCUGCUUUUCCUCGUUAUGUUCAUCUUCGCAAUCUUCGGCAUGUCAUUCUUCAUGAACGUCAAACACACUGGGGCCUUGGACUCUGUUUACAAUUUCGAAACUUUCUUCCAGUCAUUUAUAUUGUUGUUCCAAAUGAUGACGUCAGCGGGGUGGGAUGGUGUGCUAUCAGGGCUUGUUAAUGAAAAAGAUUGCAAAGCUCCAGAUCCAGAGCACGGCGAUCCUGGCAACUGCGGCAAUCAGGCGAUUGGCAUUGCGUAUCUAAUGGGCUACCUUAUAAUCAGCUUUCUCAUUGUUAUCAACAUGUAUAUCGCUGUUAUCCUCGAGAACUACUCCCAAGCAACAGAGGAUGUAGAGGAAGGUCUCACAGAAGAUGACUAUGAUAUGUACUACGAGAUCUGGCAAGAGUUCGAUCCCAAAGGCACUCAGUUUAUCGAAUUCUCUGCUCUCUCCGACUUCAUGGAUGUACUGGAGGCUCCCCUUCAGAUUCACAAGCCAAAUAAGUACAAAAUCGUGUCGAUGGACAUCCCCAUUUGCAAAGGAGACCUCGUUUUCUGUGUCGACGUCCUUGAUGCCCUCACCAAGGACUUCUUCGCUCGCAAAGGAAAUCCCAUUGAAGACUCUGGCGACAUGGGUGACGUAGGACCUCCCGCCGAUAGACCUGGCUACGAACCCAUAUCCUCGACCCUAUGGCGCCAGCGCGAGGAGUACUGCGCACGGUAUCAAGCGUGGCGCAAACACCGCCACCUCAAAGACCAGUCUUCGGUAUCUGGCAGCGAUUCCAUGGAGGAUUUCAGGCAAGCAGACACUGCCGUCCUGGUCGAAAGUGAUGGAUAUGUAACAAAAAACGGCCAUAAGGUGGUGAUUCACUCGCGUUCGCCAUCGUUGCCGUCAAGGUCCACAGAUGUGUGA